CCAGAUGAAUGAGAGCAAGUGAGUAGAGAUACACGGACUCGAGCCGGCUCACGAAAUGCUGCUUGGGUUUAGGAAAUACCUCUGAAAUCGCCCUGCACCGUUUUAGAAAACCGAUUUAACACAAUGCCGAAGCAUCUUGUAUUUGAGUUUGGUGUUUUUCAUGCAUUACUGUUCGCAGGAGUCUUUGGUUUUGUUCCUUCUCCAACAAACGUCAGUGUUGUUUGUCACAACUUUGUGAAUGUCCUCUACUGGAACUACAGUACCCCAACCGAACAGCUGAAAUUCAGUGUAAAGAUCGGAGGUUAUUUAAGUGGUUCCCAAACCGUUGACACCCCUCAGACGUACCUUGAUAUCAGCAGCUACAGCAGUGAUGUGGGUGACAACUACUUAGUGUUGGUGACGGCACAUGAUGGGCCACACAAAUCAGAAAGCGUCUCCAUUAAAUUCACCUACAGCCAAGACUUUAUUGCAGGGAAAAACCCUAAAUGCUCUUUGGACUUCCCGCCUGUAAAUACGUCUGUCCACAAAGACAUGAUUGAAGUGUCCAUUCAUCACCCUUUCUUUUUUCAUAAGCAAUACAUUCUGAAGGAACGGUUUACCUACACAGUCACACAUGAUGAGCAAAAGUUUUCACACUCAUGUUUUGUGAAGGACAAGCUGUGCACUGUGAAAAUCCACCUGAAUGAAAGCACAGCUGGACAGUGUGUGGAGCUGAAGUUUGAAGGGAAGAUUGCUGGUAUCCCUUUGAAUACCUACAGAAAUAUUUGUGUCCCUCAGCAGCUACCUGAGACCGUUCCUUCUCCAACAAACGUCAGUGUUGUUUGUCACAACUUUGUGAAUGUCCUCUACUGGAACUACAGUAACCCAACCGAACAGCUGAAAUUCAGUGUAAAGGUUGGAGGAUAUGUAAGUGGUUCCCAAACCGUUGACACCCCUCAGACGUACCUUGAUAUCAGCAGCUACAGCAGUGAUGUGGGUGACAACUACUUAGUGUUGGUGACGGCACAUGAUGGGCCACACAAAUCAGAAAGCGUCUCCAUUAAAUUCACCUACAGCCAAGACUUUACUGCAGGGAAAAAACCUAAAUGCUCUUUGGACUUCCCGCCUGUAAAUACGUCUGUCCACAAAGACAUGAUUGAAGUGUCCAUUCAGCACCCUUUCUUUCAUCAUAAGCUAGAAAUUUUGGAUCAUGAGUUUACCUACACAGUCACACAUGAUGAGCAAAAGUUUUCACACUCAUGUUUUGUGAAGGAUGAGCUGUGCACUGUGAAAAUCCACCUGAAUGAAAGCACAGCUGGACAGUGUGUGGAGCUGAAGUUUGAAGGGAAGAUUGCUGGUAUCCCUUUGAAUACCUACAGAAAUGUUUGUGUCCCUCAGCAGCUACCUGAGACCGUUCCUUCUCCAACAAACGUCAGUGUUGUUUGUCACAACUUUGUGAAUGUCCUCUACUGGAACUACAGUACCCCAACCGAACAGCUGAAAUUCAGUGUAAAGAUCGGAGGUUAUUUAAGUGGUUCCCAAACCGUUGACACCCCUCAGACGUACCUUGAUAUAAGCAGCUACAGCAGUGAUGUGGGUGACAACUACUUAGUGUUGGUGACGGCACAUGAUGGGCCACACAAAUCAGAAAGUGUCUCCAUUAAAUUCACCUACAGCCAAGACUUUACUGCAGGGAAAAAACCUAAAUGCUCUUUGGACUUCCCGCCUGUAAAUACGUCUGUCCACAAAGACAUGAUUGAAGUGUCCAUUCAUCACCCUUUCUUUUUUCAUAAGCAAGACAUUCUGAAGGAACGGUUUACCUACACAGUCACACAUGAUGAGCAAAUGUUUUCACACUCAUGUUUUGUGAAGGACAAGCUGUGCACUGUGAAAAUCCACCUGAAUGAAAGCACAGCUGGACAGUGUGUGGAGCUGAAGUUUGAAGGGAAGAUUGCUGGUAUCCCUUUGAAUACCUACAGAAAUGUUUGUGUCCCUCAGCAGAUGCCCAAAACUGACCAAACAGGAUUAAUCGCAGCUGUGCUAGGCGUAGGGGCAGUCAUGCUCUUCAUUAUCAUUGGCUUUGUGUGGCUGCUCUGGAAAAAAUGGUCCAAAAUUCCUAAAACACCUCAAAGUUUGUGGAAAGUUAUCCCUGGGCAGUCUCACACAAUCCUUGUUUCCCAACCCGAGCGGACCACUGUUUCUUCCUUGACAUCUCAGGGACACAAACCUCUACUGACAGAUAAUUCUCCCCCCAUUUUCCCGGAUGAAGACUGCAAAGAAAACACAACCCUUGAAACUGAUCUGUCUGAGGUGUCUGAAGAGGAUGUGAAUUGUGAUGACUCUGAAGGCUUUGGCUUUUCAUCUGAUUAUGACAGUCCCAAAUUCCUGCAGGAGAUGAGUCCGGGGGACAAUACUGAGGGAUACGGCCCACGGCCACCAGUACUUUAGGUCUGAAUUGGUGUAAAAAUGACACUGGAAAGUCUUUGUGUUUCAUGUGCAAAGAUGGCCUUUUAAAUAAUUUUUUUUGGUCUAUUAACAAUUUCACACACUGAUCAGCUGGCUUGUCCAA